AUGCAUUCUGUUUCAAAAGUACCACCCAUCUCGCCUCGUACAUCCACCCGAUUGAAUGGUCUCCUCAAAGACAAUGAGUGGUACUGUAACUGCGAUCCCCGAGAUCGAUGUAUCCGAUUACAAGUCAAGAAGGAGGGUCCCAACAAGGGACGAUGGUUUUACAAAUGCCCAAAGCCAUGGGACAAUCGGUGUUCAUUGUUUUUAUGGCAGGAAGACGCCGAACCCAGGGAAAGAGAAGUCGAGAAAGCCAACUCCACUUCUGAGCUAGACCCUCGCACUCAAACCCAAACACCUACCAAAUCCUUCCAAUACACUCCAAAUGGCCACGGCCUACUCACUCCACAAACAGAGCGCAGAAACAUAGAUACCACAACUGCAACCAAAACCAACAGAUCCUCACGACCCCCCUCCACUCCACUAAGCGCAAAGGCCCGAAUGAUGGCAGAAGACACCGAUGAAUUCAGCUGGGACCUCGACUCAGAAGACAACGACGAGCUAACACAGGCGCUCUCUCAAUCUCACCCCAACGAAGAACAAUUCAUCUCGCAACCAAAUUUCCGCGCAAACCCAGACACACCGAACAAAACACCUCGAACGCCAAAGACACCAUCCCCAGGCAAACGCAAGCUAUCAGACUACGCAUAUGACCAAUCCUACUCUACAAGCGGCUCAUCUAUACUCGCAACACCAAACUCCUCUCACUCCUUCUCUUUCUCAUCGCGCAUUCCGCCCGCGUCGGCUGAAGUCUGCAUGACGCCUACACCGACAAAGUAUCGGGAGGGGGAUGUAUUGAGUGCUGACUCAAGAUCUGAUUCGUCGGAGCUGGCGCAGGAGCUGCUCGCUAUAUUGGAUAAUCAUGACGUUGUUAUUCCGAAUGCUGCGAAGAAUGAGGUUGUUUCGUGGGUUAAUCAGGAGGAUAAGAAGUAUAAGGGGGCUGUUAGGGCGAGGGAUAUGCUGAGGGGGGCUGUGAAGAAGAAGGAUGAGGAGAUUAUGAGGUUAAAGGAGAAGAUUACGAAUUUGAGGGCUCAGACUGAGUUGGAUAAUUCUAUGAUUGAGUCUUGA